AUGAAGCUGUUACUGAGCUUCCUUGGUGAGUUCCUUUCAGUUCACUUAAAGAGAUUACAGACCAUUAUUUAUGUGUAUAGAUGAUCAUUGAUUGAUUGACAGAAUGAUCACUGGUUUAUUUUUGGUUAUUUUAAUGAUUAAUGGUUAUUUAUUGUUUCAGUUGUUUCAACACUACCUCAAUGGGCUGUGCCACAAGGUAUGUAGUAAAUACAGUUCUCUCUGGCUGCGUUUACACAGGCAGCCCAAUUCUGAUCUUUUGACCAAUAAUUGGUAAAUACCAAUUUGUGGCAAAAUAUCAGAAUUAGGCUGUCUGUGUAAAAGCAGCCUCUGAGAUUCAAAUCCUUCUCUUCAAACCAGUGUUCAAAUCAAAUUGUAUUGGUCACAUACACGUGUUUAGCAGAUGUUAUUGUGGGUGUAGCGAAAUGCUUGUGCUUCUAGCGCCGACAGUGCAUUAAUAUCUAACAAUUUCACAACAUAUACCCAAUACACACAAAUUUAAGUAAGGAAUGAAUUAAGAAUAUAUACAUAUAUGGACAAGCGAUGUUAGAGUGGCAUGGACUGAAAUACAGUAGAAUACUGUAUAGAAUACAGUAUAUACAUAUGAGAUGAGUAAUGCAGAUAUGUAAACAUUAUUAAAGUGACGAAGAUACCGUAGAAUAGUAUAGAAUACAGUAUAUACAUAUGAGAUGAGUAAUGCAAGAUAUGUAAACAUUAUUAAAGUGGCUAGUGUUCCAUUUCUUUAAAGUGGCCAGUGAUUUCUAGUCUAUGUCUAUAGGCAGCAGCCUCUAAUGUGCUAGUGAUGGCUGUUUAACAGUCUGAUGGCCUUGAGAUAGAAGCUGUUUUUCAGUCUCUCGGUCCCAGCUUUGAUGCACCUGUACUGACCUCACCUUUGGGAUGAUAGCAGGGUGAACAGUCAGUGGCUCGGGUGGUUGAUGUCCUUGAUGAUCUUUUUGGCCUUCCUGUGACAUCGGGUGCUGUAGGUGUCUUGGAGGGCGGGUAGUUUGCCCCCGGUAAUGCUUUCGGCAGGCUGCACCACCGUCUGGAGAGCCUUGGGGUUGCGGGCGGUGCAGUUGCCGUACCAGGCGGUGAUACAGCCCGACAGGAUGCUCUCAAUUGUGCAUCUGUAAAAGUUUUGAGGGUAUUAGGUGCCAAGACAAAUUUCUUUAGCCUCCUGAGGUUGAAGAGGCUAUGUUGUGCCUUCUUCACCACACUGUCUGUGUGGGUAGUCCAUUUCAGUUUGUCAAUGAUGUGUACGCCAAGGAACUUGAAGCUUUCCACCUUCUCCACUGCAGUCCUGUCGAUGUGGAUAAGGGGGUGCACCCUCUGCUGUUUCCUGAAGUCCACGAUCAUCGCCUUUGUUUUGAUGACGUUGAGUGAGAGGUUAUUUACCUGGCACCACACUCCCAAAGCCCUCACCUCCUCCCUGUAGGCUGUCUCGUCAUUGUUGGUAAUCAAGCCUACUACUGUUGUGUCGUCUGCAAACUUGAUGAUUGAGUUGGAGGCGUGCGUGGCCACACAGUCAUGGGUGAACAGGGAGUACAGGAGUGUGCUGAGCAUGCACCCUUGUGGGGCCCCUGUGUUGAGGAUCAGCGAAGUGGAGGUGUUGUUUCCUACCUUCACCACCUGGGGGCGGCCUGUCAGGAAGUCCAGGACCCAGUUGCACAGUGCGGGGUUCAGACCCAGGGCCUCAAGCUUAAUGAUGAGCUUGGAGGGUACUAUGGUGUUGAAUGCUGAGCUAUAGUCAAUGAACAGCAUUGUAGGUAUUCUUCUUGUCCAGAUGGGAUAGGGCAGUGUGCAGAGUGAUGGCGAUUGCAUCGUCUGUGGAUCUAUUGGGGCGGGAAGCAAAUUGAAGUGGGUCUAGGGUGGCAGGUAAGGUAGAGAAGGUGUUGUCUUGUGUGAUGUCAACAUAUGAAAUACAGUAUGUAAAUUGUCUAUUUUCAUUAGUUACGUAAUAGUUAUACACUGCUGAACAUUAGUUGCCUUUUGUAAUGUUAGGUGAUCAUGUAAAUAAGACUAAGAAAUAUAAUGGCGCCGGAGGAGAUGGCUGCCGUUUUACGGGCUCCUAACCAAUUUUGCUUACUCCCUGUUCACCCAUGACUGCAUGGCAGGAACAACUCCCAACACCAUCAUUAAGUUUGCCGUCGACACAACAGUGGUAGGCCUGAUCACCGACAACGAUGAGACAGCCUAUAGGGAGGAGGUCAGAUUUGGCAUGUGUCCUCAGAUCCUCAAAAAGUUAUACAGCUGCACCAUCGAGAGCAUUCUGACUGGUUGCAUCACUGCCUGGUAUGGCAACUGCUCGGCCUCCGACCGCAAGGCACUACAGAGGGUAGUGCGUACGUCCCAGUACAUCACUGGGGCCAAGCUUCUUGCCAUCCAGGACCUCUAUACCAGGCGGUGUCAGAGGAAGGCCCAAAAAAUGGUCAAAGACUCCAGUCACCCUAGGCAUAGACUGUUCUCUCUGCUACCGCACGGCAAGCGGUACCGGAGCGCCAAGUCUAGGUCCAAAAGGCUUCUUAACAGCUUCUACCCCCAAGCCAUAAGACUCCUAAACAGCUAAUCAAAUGGCUCACCAGACUAUUUGCAUUGUCACCCACCCACCCCCUCUUUUACGCUGCUGUUUCUCUCUGUUUAUUAUCUAUGCAUAGUCACUUUAGCUCUACCUACAUGUACAUAUUACCUCAAUUACCUCGACUAACCUGUGCCCCCACACAAUCACUCUGUACCGGUACCCCCUUUAUAUACCCUCGCUACUGUUAUUUUACUGUUGCUCUUUAAUUAUUUGUUAUUUCUUUUAAUUCUUUAUUUAAUUUGUUACUUAACGCUUAUUUUUCUUAAAACUGCAUUGUUGGUUAAGGGCUUGUAAGUAAGCAUUUCACUGUAAGGUGAACCUGUUGUAUUCGACACGUGACAAAUACAAUUUGAUUUGAAGUUGCUGUUUAUGCUCAGAUGUGAUGCUUAUUUUGUCCUCAAGUCUGACUCUAGUAGGCUGCGUUUACAAAGGCAGCUCAAUUCUGAUAUAUUUUUCACUAAUUGGUCUUUUGAUCAAUCAGAUCAGCUCUGAAAAAGAUCUGAUGUGAAAAGAUCAGAAUUGGGCUGCCUGUGUAAACACAGCCGUAGUAGUCUACUCAAAAUGGCAGAAAGACUUACCUGUCAACAUUUCUUCACAGUCCACCCCACAAAGGAUCCGCAGACAGCCGUGGCUGAGCUAGUCAAGGGGGUACCCUGGAUCUUCUCAGGGGAGAGCGUGCAUCUGAAGUGCAGUGUUCCUGGGAAUGUGUCGGCCGAGUGGAGGUACCAGUGGUUCAUGGGGGGAGAACAGCUCCAGGAGUCUGAGUACUUUGUCCUGUGGAAGGCCAGGCCACAGCAGAGUGGGAAGUACUACUGCCAGGGCCUGAGAACCACAUGGAUAAGCACACAACACACCCUCCACAGCCUGCCUAUAGAAAUAGAGGUGGACGGUAAGAGAACCCCUAUGAAUAUUGAGCCAUGAUGACAUCUAGUUUGGUUGACCUUCUGUUAGCAGUCUGUAUUAGCCAACUCCUUUCUUGUUGUCACGCCAAACAUGUGUGACAAUAGCAAAAUAAGCAGAAACAGACUGGCAACCAGGCUAAGUUACACCUGUAGCACACCUGACCAUAGAGGGUACCUGUCAAUAGGCCAGACAGGGACUAUGCCACCCCGUUAAUCACUUAAUGCUCUUUGCCCAGGUGGGUGGGCCAUCCUGCAGACCCCGUCCCUGCCCAUGCUGGUUGGAGAGACAAUGACCCUGACGUGUCGUGUCCGUGACAACCCCAGACUGACAGAGGUCAUACUAUACAAGGACGGGGUGGAGCUUCAGAGACAGCCUGGCCCAGAGCUGCGUGUCACCAACCUUACCCUGCAACACCACGGAUCCUAUUGGUGCAGAGCAUCCUGGGAUGGGUGGAGGGAAACCAACUCUGUGAUCUCAGUGGCUACUCCGGUGUCCAUCAUAGGUGAGGUUGAGUGACUGGUGAGGUUUGUCAUUUUGAGUUUGUGUAGGGUGUGGAAUCAGAUUUCGAAUGAGAUUUGCACUCAUCAUUCUAUUAUCAUCACUAUCAUAUCAUAUCUAAUGGUAGUUGAAUACCAGUAGGUAUGUGAGGAAUAUUGUUCAGUUUUAAUGCUCUGUAUUCUCCCCUGCAGAGGUUCUGACAGAGCCCAUGUUGGAGAUUGUGCCCAAUGACCCUCUGAUCCAUAAAGACCGUAUGCUCCUGGUGUGUCAUGCCCAACUGAACGCCCGUGAGACGGUUCCACACAAACACUACUACUUCUACCAGGACGGGCUGAGGCUGGGACCUGCCUCCUCCCAGGACAGAGUCGCAGUACUGAGGGACUCAGGCCGGUACUGGUGCAAAGUCAGUGUUCCUACUCUGGGGCUGAAGAGGCUCAGCGAGCCCGUACCUUAUGGGCGAGUGACGGGUGAACACUCAGAACACAUGAGAAACCAGAAAGAUUAGUGGUGAUGCAGUCCACCUUUAGGAUGCGUCAUAAUGCUGACCAGUGGCGUAAGUUCAGUUAAACCUAGGGUAUGGCAGGGUGGGGGGGACAGCUUCUCUCCGAGCGACGCUCCGCAUGGUCCUGAAGCUAGCCAACCAACAUGCUAAACAGCUGUUGCAUUUUAAUUGGGAUUGGGAUUGGGAUCUACUUUUUUAUAGCUUACUUUUAUAUUUUUGGUCUUGAGCUAGGGUAAGGCGACUGCCAUACCCUGCCAUACCCAACUGACUCCCCUGAUGCUGACUCUGUGUCAACAGGGACCAGUUGUCUCUCUCCUUCCAGAGCUCCAUCUCUAUCCAGCCUUCUGUGCCCCCUACCUUCCCUGAUGUAUCCGGUGAUUCUCCAAACACACUGGCCCCUAAUGUUGUUGGGCCAGAUGACGGGACAGUGGUGUGGAGGGACUUCUUUUGA